CGACGCGACUGCGCAAACGUACAUAUGUGAGCGCUGAGGUCACAGCCGCCACCUGCGCAACCGCCUUCCUUCGGAGCGAGGUCAGAGCUGUUAGCUCAAUUGUACAUGUAGGCCGUCUCGGAACCUUCAAGCGGUCAGGGAAUACGUCUCGUUCUCCCACUUCGACUCGUCGCCGCACGCGCAACCAAUAUGGACUCCCCUGAUCAGACACCGGUACAGCGUCCUCUCCGGCGUUCUACGGCCGUUGUCACCGGCUAUGGUCCGUUCAAGUCAUACAGCACGAACCCCUCUUACGAAGCGGUGCGACCGCUGCAGGGAUGUAUUUUUCCUGCGGGGAGUGAAAGGGAGGAGGUCAUGAUCUUGGCGUAUGAGCUGCCCGUCGAGUACGAUAGAGUUCAUGCAUUGAUUCCCGCAAUCUACACCACCAAUCCCGCACCCAAAUUCUUUCUCCAUGUCGGCGUCAGUCACUACCUUCCACCCGCAACGCUCUGUCUCGAAACCUUUGCCAGGCGAGGACCGUAUACGAAGUGCGAUGUCAUCGGUCGGUGUCCUCCCGGAAAUGUUUGUGCGGACGAGGGCGAGGAAGAUGAUGACCCGAAUGCGAAUCCAGGGAGGGAUGAAUGGGAGCUUGUCGAGGGUAGGGAUCCCUGUGGGAAGGUUGAUCUAAAGACACUGGGACUUGUUACGACUAGCAUCGCGCUUCCGGCAUCUGCAUCGACGUUGGCGCUCGAAAAGAACGAUCCAGAUGCUUACAAGACUUUGAACCCACCCGCGGAACUUGUGCAGGCGAUCGUGGAACGAGUGCGACAACGAUGGAACGCUGCUGGUCUCCCCCACGCCAGCGCCCCAGUAGACGGAAGGGAUAACGAAACGAUUGAGGAAGCGAUUCAAUCCACGCCAGAAUCACCCGCGCCCGCAAAAGUGGAUGUCUCACACGACUCGAACACUACCGCAUUGAGCGUCCCGCCCGGCCCUCAAUGGCAAAUUCACCCCGGCACCGACGCAGGCCUGUUUCUCUGCGAAUACGUCCUCUACCGCGGGCUCUCCUGCUCUUCUCAUCUCUACUCGAAUAAUGGAACGGCGCCCCCACCGCCGGUGUUUUUCGUGCAUGUGCCGUCGGUCGCGCCAGAGGGGACGCAUAGGAGUCAGGAGGAGUUGGGGAGAGUUGUUGAGGAGGUUGUUAGGGGAAUCUGUGAGGUUGUUGGAUAGGGAGAAGGAGGGGAAGCACGCCGAUAGGAUACAUCACAUCAGGUUUGUCAUUGGCACCCCGUUCAGGCGUGCAGGGUUACAGAGCAUGCAUCAUUUAUCAAGAAUCGAAAUCCCAUCCCGCUCAUCUGCAUCGCACUACCAUUUCGGCACAUCUCAUAUUCCCUAUGCAUAUCCGG